AUGACACCCUCCUCUCGACCCACCGGCAAGCGGCUACCGAUUAGCUGCCAGGCGUGCCGGACGAGGAAGAUUCGUUGCUCCCGCGAUGGACGCCCUUGCCAGACGUGUGUUCGAAGAGGGCUUGGAGCUGAAGACUGUAUCUACCUCGGACAGCCGAGACUAUCGUCAGAGAACACGUUGACCACGGACACCACCGUACAGAAUGAGCUGCUCGCCCGAAUUCGCAAUCUCGAGGAUCUGCUCCAUAAGCAAGUUGGCUCGCACCCGGGCUCUCACUCCCCGCUACCGUCACCGAGCCUGAGCGGGAGCUUCUCCGAGCCGGACAGUGCUAUCGGUCUGGCAUCAGAAUACACCCGAAAUUCUCUGCUAAGCAGCGUUGGCACAUUGCAGACGUUUGCAUCAGGAUACGUCCGCUAUUUACCGUUGGCGCCGCAAUGGAGCUCGACCAACCACACGAGUUCUCCGAGCGAUCCUCUAGAUAUCAGCUCCGAGAUCCCCGAUGACGAUGAUGACCUAUGUAUUCCAUUUGCAGCGAGUACGGCCUCGAGGGAAGAGUUACUCGCUAUUCUUCCCCCGAGCCGGUAUUGCGACGCACUCAAAGAUGUCUACUUUCGCGUUUUCUCUCCUCUAUUCCAUAUCCUUCAUGACCUUACGUUCGAAGCCGAGUACCAGCAGUUCUGCCAUGAUCCAAAUAGUGUUUCGACGGCAUGGAUCUCUCUACUGUUUGCCAUUCUCUCCAUUGCCAUUACAGCUCUUCACGAUGACGAUCCUCUGCUCUCCGACCUGGGCCGAGAGAAGACCGUCAGUCGUAAUGUCAAAGUCCUCUCCGCUCGCUACCGGUCCGCUGCUCUGCGGUGCCUGGCGGCAGACAGAGUAAUGUCCCGCCAUUCCAUAAACUCUCUGCAGUCGCUCAUUCUCAUCAUCUACGCGCGGUUGCACCGCGGGCUGCCCACUUGGACCCUUUUGGGAUUCACCCACCACACUGCAACCUCGAUGGGCUGCCACGUCGACCCGGAACGGUUUGCCCUUGGGCCUAUUGAGCGGGAGGAGCGACGGCGCGCUUGGGCUGGGUUGACCAUGUUGUAUGUCAAUCAAAACGUCACUUUUGGCAAUCUGAACCCCGGACUGUCUUCGUUUGGUGUAAAGCUUCCUCUAGACGUCAACGAUGUGGAUCUGCUUACGGGUACGGUCUCGGGGCCUGUUAAUCGCCCGACACAAAUGACCUACCUUUUGGUGCAAUACCGGCUGCACAAUAUUAGCUCCAUGAUCUGCGACACCCUGUUCAGUUUCCCGCCCAGAUACUCGGUCACGCAGAUUGAAGCCGAGAUUCUCAACGUGCAUGAAAUGUGCGAAAAGCGCUACCAGCUUGAACCUGGUCUUGAGCCCCUUCCUGUUCACCACCUAGCCAACUUGAACAUUCUCUACAGCUACAUUCACCAGCUGUACCUUUUGCUCCUACGACCCGCUCUCUGCCGCUACCUGCAAGGUGACAUUACUCCAGAGACAUGCGCCGCACGCGCAAAGUGCGUCGCGUCAGCAAAAACCUCUCUCGCUAUCCACCAAACACUUUACGAAUCUCCGCAGUUUGCCUCGUACAAGUGGUUCAACAGCGGCCUGGGAAGCUUCCAUGCCUUUCAUGCUGCCGUGAUACUCUGCGUCAUGCUCAUGUACCCAGACAACCACUACGAAGCUCAGGAUAUCAAGGAGAUCCUCUGGAAAUCUCUUGACGUCUUCGCAUCGCUCUCUAACCGCAGCAGCUUCUGCAGCAAAGCUGUGCCUGUCCUUCGGCAGAUAAUUGACAAAGCCUGCUCAAGCUCCCACCACCGACAACAACACCAACUCCUGACUCCGCCCUUGGAUACAGCCGGCAUGCUCACACCCACAACGCCCAUCACGUCAACGCCUCCCACAAGCUACCCCCAGUCGCCCGUGGAGUACAUCUCGGAGCCGCUUUUUGCCCAGCUUCAUCCGCAGAACUGGAUAUCCCCCACCUCUGUUCCUUGGGAUGGAUGGGACUGUCUUUCGCUCUUUUCAUCGCCGACGUCUGCGCCUUUUGUCACUUGA